AUGGUAUUAAAUAAUCCCGAUUGUAUUUCAACAUGUCUAGCUCAAAAAGAUAGAAAGCAAAGAAAAGAGAAAAUGAGUAACAAUAAUAAUAUUAAUAAUAGUAAUAGAGUUAAAUCGAUUGAUGUUUUACAAUUUGAUCAUUUAGAAUUUAGUGAUAGUAUAGCAGAGAAGUUGGAGAGAGAAACGGAUUUGGUGAUUAGUUUGUUUGUGCAGUUGGUUGGACAGUUGCCAUCGACCUGCACACAUAACAAUGGCAAUGUUCUACUGAUUAGAGACAUCGAUAUCAUUGCAGAGCUGAUCGAGAUGCUCAGUAACGACGGUACAUCGUCAUCGACACGACUGAAGAUACUCGAUGAACUCAUAAAACUAUUUACAUUGGCACCACAAAACUGUACACUACUCUUUAUCAACAGUAGUACAAACAAUCAACUAAACAGUAGUAAUAAUUAUAAUAUAAUAUCAAAUAUUGGUAGUAAUAAGAAUAGUAAUAGUAAUAGUAAAUCAACAGCAAUAACAACAACAACAAGAUCAUCAUCAUCAUCAUCAUCAAACAGUGGUGGUGGAAGUGGAUUAAAGAAAUCGACAACAUUAUGUAUAAAUAGAAACAUUGUAUUAUUAGAUGAAAUAAUAGCAUUGCUACCAAAGUUGAAUAACGAACGUAUAUUGUCUUGUGCAUUGUCACUGAUAGAGGUGUUGGCAUGUCAUCAUAUCUCUGUUUACCAACUGAAACAGCUGUUGUCAUACUUUGACAUAUCCAACAGUAAUUCACUUAAAUCAUUUGGAUUAGCACAACUUUUAAAAACAUUGGAUUCCAUGACAAUGAGGAAAGCACCGACUUCUGUUUUCAAUUUCGACGGAAUGAAUUCUGGAUUACUAUUAGAUCCAAUUGGUAAGCUAUCGAAUGUAGGCUAUGCAAUAUCGAUAUGGAUUAAUAUGGACUCUUGUAUAAGAUGUCAAAUGGGACCUAUUUGUUUCAUCGCUGGUAUAUUGCCAGUUAAGAAGAUAGAGAAGUUGUAUAGGAUGGGUUCAAACAUGGUGUUGUCACCACAACAAAAAGGAAAUAUGGCAUUGUCUGAACAGUUUCCAAAGAUUAUAUUUUCAUUCUCACCGAAAUCGUAUCAUGGUGGAAUCUGUCAUGAUGUAGGUCACCAGAAGGAAUCGGAUUCGGUGUUGAACGCUCAUUCCACCGGUAGUUUAAAGAUACUCUCUACGUUUUCAAUUAAAGAUUCACUCUAUUGUUUGGGUGGUCCACAGAUUCUAUUUCCACUUAUCUCUCAAUUAUUUGAAGUAAAUUCAAAACAACAACAACAACAACAAACAUUAUCACAAUCUUCACCAACACCACCACCAUCUUCAUCACAACAACAACAACAAUCAAUUAUUUUAACAUCAUUAAAUUAUCCAACAAUCGAUUCGAUUAUAACAUUUAUUGCACAUAUAUUGACGAAUGAUCAUAUACAUCAAGAAGAGAUGAUAAAGACCAAUGGAUUUCAGAUACUGGGAUUGCUACUUGAGAAGUUCAUGAAAUCGAAUCUAGUGACUCAAUCGUUCGAAUUGAACAACUUGGUUAUCAUUGCCAUCAACGAGUUAUUACAAUCAUGUUCAAAGAAUGCAUUAGAUAAAACUAUAAAUUAUACAAAUUAUAUAAGAAAAUAUAUUACAGUUAGAAGUCUAUUGGAUUCAGUAAAGUUCUACUAUGCUCAGAACGAUCGUAAUAUAGAGAGAUUGAGUAAGACAACACCUUCGAGCACAUCGCCAAAGUCCUCAUCUGGUAAACUCUAUCAAUUCGAAUCGAAAUCGAAUGCAUACAAAUUAACAUCAACCGAAGCAAAAGAGAUCAUCUCUUAUAUAUUUACAUUGAUAGAGAUGGUUAUAACUUCAAAUUCAAAUGAUAAAGAAGAAAUACCAGAAGUCGAAGAUUUAAUAGAAUUUGUACAGGAUUCUACUUGUGAUAAUAUAGUAAUAAUUGAAACACUUUCAAUAUUCUUAAAGUUAUUGCAUUAUGGUGCAAAAGGAUUCUUAACAAGUUUUGAGGCUGCAGGAGAUAUUAAACCGUUAUAUGGUUUGUUAAAGAGAGAUAAUGAACAUAUUCAAGUGUUGAUUAUAAAGAUUAUUGGAAAGUAUCAAUCGAAGCUGGCGAAACAAUCGAAAUCAAAGGUGUUGUGCGAGGAUACCGUCGGUCUGAUUGUAGAGUCGUUGAAGGAGUAUCCUCUGACCGAUCUGUUGUAUCGUGCACUCGCCGAGAUCGUAGUCGAUAAGAUCUCACCGACACUCGCCGACACACCGAAUUCACCGCUGUUGGAUCUGGUCGGUGACCACGAGCGUACCUCUGACUUUGUCAACGUACAUGCGUUGCAAGCCAUUUGUAUAUUGGGUUCUCGGGCGUCGGCAUCGCUACAGCAGCAGAUACUCAAUGAGAUUUCACUGUGCAUUAAACAUAUACCAACCGUUCGCAUCACCAUAAUGGAGUGUAGCAACUGGCAGACUUGGUUACUUGCAAUGUGGCCAUCUCCACCAUCGACACCUUCCUCACCACCUUGGUCAUCUCCCUCACUUUCACCAACCAUAAACAUCAACAAUAAUAACAUUCCAACAUCAAUAUUACUUAAUUCUAACAGCAAUAACAAUAAUAGUAACAACAAUAACAAUUCACAAACUACAACUUUUACAACUACUAAUAGUAGUUCACAACAGCUACAACAACAACAACAACAACAAUUACAGAUUAGUAGUAGUUCAUAUUCAAAUCGUGCUUUUUACUCGGGAAUCAAAGAGAUUAUCACAGGUAUUUUGAAGUUGUUGUUGAAUGAAUGCACUGCAAAGAAGGAUGGUUGGAAAGCGAUUGAGGAAACAGAGGCUUGGAUUUCAACGUUGCUUCCGAGUGGUUUGCCUCUGGAGCGUAGAAUAUUCUAUGAGUGUUUGGUAAAGAUGGAACAGGACAUAAGGAGUCCUUCAAACCAAUCGGUAGUUCUCAAGAACUAUGUCAAUCUGAUAUCGAUCAUCGAGGAUUUCGUAUAUUCACAUACCAUCAAUAUAUUGGCACAUCGAAACAUUCAAUCGCAAUGGGAAGACUUUGGAUUGGUCGCAAAACUAUUGGAUAUCUUUGAUUUUACACAAUCUAUACAAACACAGAAAAUACCUACAUCUGUUGUUGGUAACAGUGUCAGUAGCAGUAACAGUACUAUUGGUAAUAGUAACAGUAGCAAUUCUAAUGUUGGAGUUGGUGUUGGUAGUAACAACAAUAGUGUGACACCUUCUUCAACUCCAUCCUCUGGAACAACGCCAUCGGCAUCACCAUACAUUGUCACACUUAACAACAAUAUCGACUUACCAACCAUUGAUAUCAGUAGUGGAUCUUCAAAGGCAAAGAGUUCAAUCAAUACAAUUCUUCGAUUCAUCAUGUGUAUAUUCCAAGAAGCAGAGACAUGUUUCUACGGUGAAAGAGGUUUUGAACAACAGCAACAACAACAACAACAAAGUAGCAACAAUAAUAACAGUGGUAACAACAACAACAACAAGAACAAUAAUGGUGUUAAUGAAUUGUUAUCAAGUGAAGAAGAUGAAAGAAGUUUUAUUAUUAGGGUUUGGGGAUUGCCAACUAUCUCUGAGGAGAUGGAUCAAAUCAUUUCGAAAAACUCUAUUCGUAUACAAACGAUUCUGGCGAGUGAGCGCGAUCAGAGAGAGCAGGUCAAGCAUGUCAUGUGGGUCAUUUCGAUUCUCAUCAAUAUCAUUCGUAGAUAUCGUGAUCAUCACAACGAUCCCAUUCUGAAAAAGACACAAUCCAUCAUGGUAUCACUGCUAAAGUCAUUGCUGAAAACCUAUGGUGAUCUGAUUGAUAAUUUCAUUUCGCCGACUACCACUGUCAUGAGUUUGGCCGAUUCCAUCGGUAAGACGAUUGGCUACGAUAUGGAGGGUUCGAAAUCAACGAACACCAGCAAUAUCUUUGCUGUCCAUUCGAUUGCCUCUCUCAAUGAAGCUGGCGAUCAACACAGCGAAUUCCUCCGAUACUUCAAGGAGAAGCUGCUCUUUAAGAUACCGCUGCUCGAUAAGCUACACGAGAUCAAAGAUUCACAUGAGAAUGCUAAUCAUUCAUCGACCUACACUCUGACCAGGAAGAGCAAGGUCGUCGAACAGAUCAAGUCUGGCUACCAGAAGGAGCAGGAAACAAUCAACUACAAACUUCAAAAACUCUGGAACAAAUCGUUUUUAGUCUCGCAAAAGAUGGAGAUCAAUGAGCUCCAGCGUAGGAAUCAAUACGAGUUGUAUCUGGAGAGUCAGCGGUUGUGGAAAGAGAAGCAGUCGAAACAUAGCGCCAAGAGAAUCACCAGGGAACGCACUCCUUGGGGUGCAGCCGAGAGCAGCAGUAACCGGAGACACUAUUGGAAGAUACAUAACCACGAGAAUGCAUACCGACAGUUUAGAGUUCAGAAGCGGAAUUUCAACGGUUCCGAUCAUCAGGGUGCAGCGCUACGCCCGAGCAACCCCCAGACGUCUGCGGUGACAAGUCCGACGGCUAGCAGUUCACAGAAACAACAACAGCAACAAGAGGAAGUAGAUCUAUUAAGAAAAGUAGUUAGACGUGCCAAUGACAAUAUGGUUAGUUCCAUUGAGAAUGAAGGAUUGGUUGGAUUUGAGAUGGACGACGAGCAGGACGGUAACAUAGUGCUGGACGAAGCACAUGAGAAUGGCGAGUGGUGUAUGGUUGCAGAUGGAUUCACCGAUAAUAUUGGCGGCGGGGGUGUUUCUUCGGCGUCUGUAGUGGCUGGUGGUGGACUCGGUUCAACCAUGUCCAUUCCAAACAACAACAUGAUGACAACUUCCACCUCGACUUCCACCUCGAUACUGCCAGUGAUUCAAAGUAGUCCUGCUCAAGACAAACAGAUUUACAGUACUGUCGGUGAGAUUAUUAGUCCGAUGCUGAAUGUUCGUGUUCAACUCAUUCUCUUCCAGAGCAAACAAAUGCUGUUGUCGGCCAGCUCAACGGUACAAGAGGAUCCAGUGCCACAAUCGGAGUUGAAAGAUCGCGCCUACGAUUGUCGUAAACUCAUUGGUGUACAACACCGUCGUUAUCUAUUGCUCCCAACCGCCAUUGAGUUGUUCUUUAGCGACAGACAAUCGAUAUUCAUCAACUUCCCAUCGGCACAAGUCGUUGCCCUGUUGUUUAAACACUUUGCCAGUAUCUGCGACCCGAAUGUAUGUUUCAAGAGUUCACAAUCGCUCUUUGACUACGGGCGAACAUCGCCACAACAAACCGUCCUCAAAUUCCUCAAUCCCACUCAACGCUGGAAGCGCAGAGAGAUCUCGAAUUUCGAGUAUCUUAUGACGCUCAAUACGAUUGCCGGUCGAUCCUACAACGAUUUGAAUCAAUACCCGGUGUUCCCGUGGAUUAUCUCUGACUAUAGCUCUGAGCAACUCGACCUGAACAAUCCCGCUAGCUAUCGUGACUUGUCCAAACCAAUAGGAGCACUGAAUCCAACGCGAUUGGAGCUAUUCAUGGAGCGCUACCAACAGUGCCCAAAAGAGAUUCCCGCUUUCAUGUAUGGUACUCACUAUAGUUCGAGUGGCUCGGUUAUGUUCUUUUUGAUGCGUGCCGAACCUUUUACAUCGCAUUUCAUCAAGUUGCAAUCGGGACACUUUGACCACGCCGAUCGUAUGUUUGAUUCCAUCGUAGACUGCUGGCGUAACUGUCUCAACAGUUCGUCGGAUGUCAAGGAGUUGACGCCGGAAUUCUUCUACAUGCCCGAGCUGCUUAUCAAUAGCAACUCGAUCCACUUUGGUGUCAAACAAAAUGGAAAAUCGCUUGGCGAUGUAGUUCUUCCGCCGUGGGCGAAAACACCGUUCCACUUUACCAUGUUGAAUCGUAUGGCUCUGGAAUCCGAUAGCCAGUCGAUUGGCGGCAGUGGAAUCGGUGGAAUUGGAUUCGGACAGGUGCAUGCCAACGUCGGUGGAUACGCCUCCAAGGAGCAAGGCGAUCGUGUGCUGAUCGUUGGUGCCAACAACGAUAUUCAAUACCUAAAGAUUAGCUACGACAACAGUGUUGUCAACACCUCAAACGUUCCGAUCCUCUUUGCCAGUGGUAAGUACGAGUACACUCUCUAUGCUAUCUACAACGACAGUAAGCUGAUUGUUGGAUCGCUCUGUCACAAGGCACCGAUCACCUGUAUCGUCUACAACGAGGUGGAUCGUGGUGACCGUUGUGGAGUCGGUGGAGUUUCACUUCCGCAACGUUAUGUUGUCACUGGCAGUGACGAUACCACUGCCAUCAUCUGGAUGUUCAACGAAGAUGACUAUUCACUCAAACCACAACACGUUCUACGUGGACACGACUAUGGAAUCACAAGUAUUGCACUCGAUAUUGACAACGACAUCUGUGUCACCGGAAGCAAAGACGGAACCAUCAUUGUUCACUCCAUCAAGAAAGGACAAUACAUAAGAACAAUUAAACAUCCUCAUAAACUACCGAUUAACAAUCUACUACUCACUGAAGAUGGAUCAAUUCUAUUCCACUCAAAUAGCAGCAGCAGUGGUAAUGGUAGUGGUAAUGUUGAAGAAGGAAAUGAUGAUGAUGAUGACGAUCAACAAGAUGGCGAAUCAAGUGGAUCAUCGUCUUCAAAUGAAAAACAUACAAUCUAUCGAUAUUCAAUUAAUGGUUAUCCAAUUCAAUCGAUUUCCUCUGAUAUUCAACCGGUCAUCACAAAGAUUGUGGAAAUAAGAGCACUUAGCAAUGGUAGUGUUGGAUACCUACUGACUGCCGGUGGCUAUCAGAUUGUUGUUCGUGACCUACUGAAUCUCGAUAUCGUACAUAUCUUUGAUGUCAGAAAUCUCUCUGAGUUCAUCAACAGCAAUGUCAUCGUCGAUUUCUGUGUGUGGAUGAUUCAUGGUGAAUCUUAG